AUGGCCAACUUCGACAACAAACAGGUGAUUGAAUUAAACGAAGUUACUGAAGAAAACCGGAACAGAGCAACAAGGAGCUUGAAGUCCGAGACCCAUCUCUCAGGUAAGAACUAAGAAUUCUGUGCAUCUUAUUCUCUCACACACAGGAGCUGAUGUACGCAGGCAGGUCUGCCACGUACAAAUGGAACACAUUCACACGCACACACUAAUACCACAUAAUGGAAAAACACUUGUACAUUUUUGGGGGUUUCUGUCUUCUGUGUGGUUCAGUUGGUACGGAGCGUGGGGUUCAAAACCUGCUGGGGUCACGUACACUAAAAUAUAUGCAUUAUAUGUAUUUUAUCACUUUAGUUAUUAGAACUAUUUAAAUAAGAUUCAUUUUAAUUAACAUUUUUAAAACAACAACACAGGGGACACCCCGCCACUGUUUUUGUUAAACAGCUAAGAGACGGGGCUGGAAAAAUGUAACUACUCUUAAAUUCAUAGAGAGAGCUACAGUAUGUAUGCAAGGACUGACCAUUAUAAGAAUAUUCUAAGAUGAAUACACAACACAGAGGACUAGAGGUCAAGAGGGAAUCAAUGGAAAUAGUUGUUUUUCAGUUCAACAUCUGUUUAGAAUCUGUGUAGGGGUUCCAACCAGGGACUCACAGCUACAUGUGGCAAGUUCUCAUUGGUCCAAGUUGUCUAUACAUUGAGCCUGAAACGGGAUUCUUGGUAUUUGGCCAUUGGCCCAAUUUUAUUGCAAGGAAUUCUAAUUGGUCAGCCACCUGCUAGGAUUGAGGCUAUAAACCUCAUCCUGUCUCUUUGUUCAGUGGAGAAAUACUGAGGACAGGGAAGAAUGAACAUCUGCCAUCUACUUUCCAGCAUAAUGACAAUGAUUUGAUAUCUUUGAAUAAAUUUGCUUUGGGGUCUGUGUUAUUGAAGAACAAUAUCAACUGCUAACACCAUUCAUGAUCAAAAUGAUAGUAUGAACCAUUUUAGGCUAUACAGUGCUUGUUUAUAAUUCCAUCGUAAAACAAGCUUAUUUUGGGGGGUUCUGAUGGGGUUAGACAGUUAAACUAAGCUCAUGAGGUAUUUCUAAGUUACAUUUUUCAAGAAUCAAUAGGUAAAUAUCACUAAUUUAAAUUGAUGUUAAAAAAAUGGAUAUAGUAAUCGCAGAUUGCCCCUUUAAAUCAUGCUACAGCUAUAUUGUGUAACGUUGGUCCUUUCUUCAUGCAGUAGCUUCCUGUUUAUCAUAUUUGAGAUGACCACACUCUUGAGCAAACUGUUGCUGCCAACCCAAAAUUGGGGGAAAACCAAUGACACACUGGGAAUGUUAGGUUCUCAGAAUUAGUUAAGGAUUUGUAGGAGGUUGUUUGUUCUGUUUUGAAUCAUAAUGUAGGAUGGUGUGUGUGUGUGUGUGUGUGUGUGUGUGUGUGUGUGUGUGUGUGUGUGUGUUCCUCUGCAGAUGGAAAACCAAGACUCUACAGCCUGGCUGCCGUGUGUUUUGGAGUCCUGUGUGUUCUACAAGUCACUCUCAACAUCUCCCUGAGGCUGGCUUUCUGUGAGUGAGGCUUCAUGCCAAAUUACACCCUAUUAGUUCACUGGUCAAAUAUAGGGUGCCAUUCCAGGUUUAGUGCAUUACUUUUGACCAGGACCCAUAGGACAGAUAUGUAUUUCAUUAUCACACUGUAGUUCUGAUCUCACAAAGCAAGGAUCACAAUUCAGACUUGACUUUACAUGGCUUGUGGGACCAAUAGUUUGUCAAUAUUGUUGACACACAAAAAAAAGAAUGUCGACAUUGUCUACGGUAACUGGUGCCCUUGGCCUUGUGUAAGUCACUGAACACGGUGUACAAUGUACACACCACAACCAGGGUCUGUGUCCCAAAUGGAAUCCUAUCCUCUUUAAAGUGCACUACUUUUGACCAGGGCACAUAGGGCUUUGAUAGAAAGUAGCUCACCAUAUAAUAAAUAGGGUGCCAUUUGGGACACAUCCCAGGAACUUCUCUUUUUUUUCUUUCAGCCUGCUCUAACGAAGAGAGAACCCAGUUAGAGGACUGUUACAACACCACUGGACUGGCACAAGACAGAGACCAGCCAGAUACCAGUAGUCUCAUGGUUAUGUCUACAGACAUAGACCAGUGCAGGGCGAACAUAAACCAGUUACUGAGGGAGAGAGACCGGUUACAGAGGGAGAGAGACCAGUUACAGAGGGUGAGAGACCGGUUACAGAGGGAGAGAGACCGGUUACAGAGGGAGAGAGGCCCGUUACAGAGGGAGAGAGACCCGUUACAGAGGGAGACAGACCCGUUACAGAGGGAGAGAGACCAGUUACUGAGGGAGAGAGACCCGUUACAGAGGGAGAGAGACCCGUUACAGAGGGAGAGAGACCCAUUACAGAGGGAGAGAGACCCGUUACAGAGGGAGAGAGACCCGUUACAGAGGCAGAGAGACCAGUUACUGAGGGAGAGAGACCCGUUACAGAGGGAGAGAGACCCGUUACAGAGGGAGAGAGACCCAUUACAGAGGGAGAGAGACCCGUUACAGAGGGAGAGACCCGUUACAGAGGGAGAGAGACCCAUUACAGAGGGAGAGAGACCCGUUACAGAGGGAGAGAGACCCGUUACAGAGGGAGAGGGACCCGUUACAGAGGGAGAGAGACCCGUUACAGAGGGAGAGAGACCCAUUACAGAGGGAGAGAGACCCGUUACAGAGGGAGAGAGACCGGUUACAGAGGGAGAGAGACCCGUUACAGAGGGAGAGAGACCGGUUACAGAGGGAGAGAGACCCGUUACAGAGGGAGAGAGACCGUUACAGAGGGAGAGAGACCCGUUACAGAGGGAGAGAGACCAGUUACAGAGGGAGAGAGACCCGUUACAGAGGGAGAGAGACCCGUUACAGAGGGAGAGAGACCAUUACAGAGGGAGAGAGACCCAUUACAGAGGGAGAGAGACCCGUUACAGAGGGAGAGAGCCCACGUUACAGAGGGAGAGAGACCCGUUACAGGGAGAGAGAGAAAGGAGAGACCCGUUACAGAGGGAGAGAGACCAGUUACAGAGGGUCAGAGACCCAUUACAGAGGGAGAGAGACCCAUUACAGAGGGAGAGAGACCCGUUACAGAGGGAGAGAGACCCGUUACAGAGGGAGAGAGACCCGUUACAGAGGGAGAGAGACCCGUUACAGAGGGAGAGAGACCAGUUACAGAGGGUCAGAGACCAAGAGAAAACUGACAAAAAACAGUUAGAGGAGCGUUACAUUGCCCUGACUAUAGAAAGGACAGGUUUAGUGACAGGGUCAGUCUUCUGA